AUGGCCAAGGAAGGCCCAGCAGAGAGACAUGUAGCUUCUGUUUUGAGAUUAAUUCUUCCUCACAGGCGAGUUACUGGAGGAAGACUGGUGGUCUUUUCUAGAACUGGAGCUGGAUGGAAAAGUUGGGGUUUGCUGUCUCGGUCACCGCCUCACAGCAGUGCCGUGGGAGCGGGCGCGGGCGGCGGGAGCCCGCAGGGUGGGCCCGGCUCGAGCCGCGCGAGGAGCCCCGCCCCGCCCGGCCGGGCCCCGCACGCGGCACGCACGGCCCGCCCCGGCGGGGGGCAGCGGCUCAAGGGGAAACGCUCCGGGCGGAGCAGCUGCGGCGGGGCGCCGGGAGAGUGCGCGGGGAGCACAGCCCGGCCGGGGGGCACCCGGGGCAGGGGGCGGGAGGCGCGCCCGGCGCCGCAGCAGAGCUGCCUACGGCGAGGAGGGCGGCCCCCCCUCCCCUCCCAUCCCAUCCCGGGGCAGGGGGUGCCCGGAGGAGCCGUGACCCGCGGUCGGCCCGCGCCGGAGUGGCUGCGGGCAGGGCCGGCGGCCCGGCGGGGCGAGGCUGCGGCCGAGGGGCUGCUGUGCCCGGGGGGGUCCCCGCCGGGGCAGGGGACCAGCGUGAGGAGGGUCCCCCCGCGGGGAAGGGGCGGCGGGGGCAGCCUGGCAGGGACUGACGGCAGCCCCGGCCCUGCGCCCUGCGGGAGGAGAGACCGUGGGAGCGAAGCGGAGCCCGGGAAGAAGAGCGAAGAAUGUCCGUGCUGCUCACUCGCUGUGAAAAUCAUAAGAAUGAGAAAUCUGAGAAAGGCAGAUCUGUUUAGUCAAACCGAUUGCUAUGUAAGCCUGGCCUUGCCCACUGCUUCCGCUGAGACUGUCCGGACAAAAACUGUUAAGAACUGCAGAGAUCCAGUGUGGAAUGAAACAUUUUUCUUCAGGAUUCAAAGCCAAGUAAAAAAUAUUCUUGAGCUGAAAGUCUAUGAUGAAAAUGCAGUCACUAAAGAUGACCUCCUCUUCACUGUAGUCUUUGACGUUGCUAAAAUCCAGCUUGGAGAAACUGUUUGCUUGACUUUUCAGCUAGAUCCAAAGACACAAGAGACACUGGAGGUGGAGUUUGCAUCAGAGAGCAUUCCAGUCCCUCCUGAAAAGCUGGUCACUAAUGGUGUAUUAGUGUCUCGUGAAAUUUCCUGCUUGGAAGUCCUGGUGGGCAAGAGACAGAUGAAGAAAGAACCUUCAGAAAAAGACUUACUGUUUUCAGUGAAGGGAUCCUACGAAGAGAGCCAGACCCUGUUCCUGGGCUCUUCCCGGCAGCCUGUGGGGCCCCUGGACUUCCAUUACAUCAAGUACAGCCUGUCAGAGCUACGCGUGGCUCUAGUGGAGAAGAAAUCUCUUUUCUGCUCGUGUACCUCAGGUGAAGAGAAAAAAGACUGCCCUGCAUCCCUCACUAUUCCUCUGGAUUCACUUCCCUUCAAGGAGAAAGUAACAGUAGCAGAGGAUGAAACAGUCAAUUUACAGGUGAAGUCAAAUGACUGGUCAAGAAACUUAGAUGUUCGUUUGGAGUUUGAUCUGUGUAUGCAGGAGAAAAUUUUCCUACAGAAACGAAGGAAGUUUGUGGCUUCUGCUCUGAAAAAAGCACUUCAUUUAGAGCAAGACCUACAAGACCAUGAGGUGCCAGUUGUAGCAGUCAUGACAACAGGUGGUGGCACCCGGGCACUGACAUCUCUGUUAGGCAACCUGUUGGGUCUUCAGAAGCUGGAUCUCUUAGAUGCUAUUUCGUACAUCACUGGGUCAUCUGGUUCCACAUGGACCUUGUCACAUUUGUAUCAGAAUGCUGACUGGUCACACAAGGAUCUCUCCAGACCAAUUGGUGAAGUCCGCAGACAUAUGACCAAGUGCAAGCUAAGCUGCUUCUCCCUGGAGAGUCUGAAGUACUAUCACAAGGAGCUAAAACUGCGGAAGCAAGAGGGAUACCAGAUUUCUAGUGUUGAUUUUUGGGGGCUUCUACUGGAAAAAGCAUUAAGUGAUGGGAAAAACAACCACAGACUCUCAGAUGAGCGACAGGCAUUGAGUCAGGGUCAGAAUCCCUUACCUAUCUACAUGAUCCUCAACAUCAAGGAAGACUACAGCCUUUCAGAGUUCAAAGAGUGGGUAGAGUUCACCCCUUAUGAGGUCGGGUUCUUAAAAUACGGCGCCUUCAUUCGUGCAGAGGAUUUUGGCAGCAAGUUCUUCAUGGGUCGGCUGAUGAAGAAGCUCCCUGAAUCUCGCAUCUGUUUUAUGAAAGGCCUGUGGAGCAAUGUCUUUUCCUACAACCUGCUGGAUGCCUGGCAUUCAUCGGAUCCUACGGAAAGGUGCUUACCGAGGUGUACCCAGCACAGGACGGUUGAUGUUGAAGGAGAUGAGCCUUCCUCACCAGCCAGGAGCCAUGAGUUGGAGACUUACUUAGUCACCCCUGAAUGUGGCAUCAUGGGCAUCAUUCGGCAGGUCCUGACUGAGCGGGUGAUGGUUUCAAAGUUCUACAACUUCCUGAAGGGAUUUCAGAUGCACAAUGAAUACCUUCAGAGCAAAAGCUUCUGUAUAUGGAAAGAUACUGUACUAGAGAAUUUCCCCAACCAGCUGACAGAAACUGCAGAGUUCAUGUGCCUGGCAGACACGGCGGGAUACAUCGAUAUUAGCUACCCACCGCUUAUGAGGCCAGAGAGGAAAGUGGAUGUUGUCCUACACUUAAAUUACUCUUCUGGAUCGCAGACAUUGCCUUUGGAAGAAGCCUCCAAGUACUUCCUAAAGCAGGGAAUCCCAUUUCCCAAAAUCCACCUGAGUGAAGAAGAAAAGAAAAAUCUAAAGGAGUGCUACAUCUUCGAAGACACGGAGACCCCAGAGGCACCGACAGUGGUGUUUUUCCCACUGGUGAAUGACACCUUCAGAAAAUACAAAGAGCCUGGUGUGGAGCGCAGCCCUGCUGAGAUGGUGCAGGGCAACGUGGACGUUUCCAGCAUCUUUUCCCCAUACUGCUUAAACAGCUUUACCUACACAGAGGAAGAGUUUGACAAGCUGGUAGAACUGACCAGCUACAACAUACAGAACAACAAACAUCUGAUCCUUCAGGCUUUGAAUUCAGCCAUAGAGCAGAAACGACAGCACAGAAAAUAAACACUGACCUGAGUUUCAGAAAGAUACCAGUAUUGUUUUUCUUUUUCCCUGCAGAAGAAUCAAGACCUGUUUGUGAAUGCGCAUGAUGGACUGGGGAAAGUACAAAGGCUUGUUUUGGCCUGUGGUUCCACUCCACCAUGUGGUGAUCCUAGAUAAACUGUUCAAAUAAAAUCAU